GCAAAAUGCAGAUAUAAUGAAUACAGAGGAUCUGAAUCUACAAGGUAUAAACUGGCCUCCCAGCCCCUUGUCAGAGGACUGCCUGUACCUCAGCAUCUAUGUGCCUGCACAUGCCCGUGAGGGCUCUAACCUGCCUGUGAUGGUCUGGAUCCAUGGUGGUGCCUUGGUGAUGGGCUCAGCUUCCAUGUAUGAUGGUUCUAUUCUGGCAGCCACUGAAAAUGUACUGGUGGUCACUAUCCAGUACCGCCUGGGAGUUCUGGGCUUCUUCAGCACUGGAGACCAGCAUGCCCCUGGUAACUGGGGCUACCUGGACCAAGUGGCCGCCCUACGCUGGGUCCAGCAGAAUAUUGCCCACUUUGGAGGCAACCCUGAUCGGGUCACCAUUUUUGGGGAGUCUGCUGGUGGCACUAGUGUGUCCUCACAUGUGUUGUCUCCAAUGUCCCAAGGACUCUUCCAUGGUGCCAUCAUGGAGAGUGGGGUGGCCCUGCUGCCUGACCUUAUCACCAGCUCAUCUAAAGAUGUCUCCACAGUGAGUAUCCUUUACUGCCCGAGGCCAWAUCUGCUGUCUCACCCUUCAACUUCAGAGCCUCUGCCACUCUAUCUGUUCCAUGGGAACAAAGACCAUGCAGGUGUCUCCAGAUCUGGCCACCACAACAGGGAUUCUGAGGAGCUCAAAGUUGAGCUCACUGAGGGGGAGGAGCUGCUGAAAAGGAGGAUGAUGAAGUACUGGGCCAACUUUGCUCGAAAUGGGAACCCCAAUGGAGAGGGCCUGCCCCACUGGCCAYUAUUCGACCAGGACCAGCAGUACCUGCAGCUGGACAUCCAGCCUGCUGUGGGCCAGGCCCUGAAGUCACACAGGCUGCAGUUCUGGACCAAGACCCUGCCUCAGAAGAUCCAGGAGCUAAAGGGAGCUAAGGACAAGCACACAGAGCUCUAGCUUCCUUGUCAGGAAGAAAGGGGUGUGUUAGGUGUGAUGGGGUCUUCCUGUGGUGCCCACACAUCCCACCCAUUAAACAGGUUGAUCCAAUCAUUCACAUAGCUAUUCAUCCAUACACUCCGCCAUGGGUCCUCUCUUGUUAGACACACUCAGUAAUUCCCAAGGAGGCUGUGGAUGRGUAAUCCAGUUAAUGCCCACCUUCCUCUUCACCCCAGUGUGCCUGAUCCCUCCCUCCCUUCCUCCCCUCUCCUUACCUACAACCCCUYCUAUCCCCUCCUCCCAGUUGCCACACCCUCCCAUGCUGAUGGAGAAAUUUUAGGAAGCGGAGCUGGUACUUUUCCAAACCCCUUGUCUACCUCUCAGCAAGUACCCAUGUUCUCAUACCAGUGGGACCUCUGUAGAGAAACUAUAUACCAGAAGCCACAGUGUUUUAUUCCAUCAGGCUYCUGAACAACAACAGCGACAGCAACAACAACUCCAAUAAUAAUAUAGUGAGGCACGGUGGCACAUGCCCAUAAUCCAAGCCACUCAGGAGGCUGAGGGAAAAGAAUUACAUACUCUGUCCAGUCUGGCCACUAGGGGAUACCUGAGCUCAAAAUAUAAGUCCUGGGAGAGUAGCUCAGUGGUGGAGUACUUGCCAAGCAUGUACAAGGUCCUGGGUUUGA